AUGGUUAACUCAUCUGUACUCCAAACAAAUAUGACCCAAGUGUCCGCCCCGUUCAACAAGCUGCUCGUGUACACAAGGUUGACUUUAAUACUCCUGAUCAUACUGGGCUAUUGUUUCUUUACCUGCUUCAUCACAGCGAUACUGAAUGUUUUUUUCAAGACCCCAAAGCUACGGGACAGUGCUCGGUAUGUUCUCUUUGCCUACAUGCUCGUCUAUGAUACAUACUAUCUCUACUCAGGAUUCUAUUUGAUGCUUGCAUCUAUAAAUGAAUUACAUGUUCCUGUACUGUUCUGUUUCUUAUUGUACUGCCUUUCUAGUAUAGCGUUUAACGUAACUCCCUACAGCCUGGCGGCCAUGGCUGUAGAACAAUACGUGGCUAUUUGCCACCCACUACGACAUGCGGAGCUCUGCACAACGUACAGAGCUCAUGUGAUCAUCACCGCCAUAUGUUCCUUUAUGACUAUCCCAUGUGUGGUUGAACUAUUUGUCAUGCUCUCCUCAAAGAGGAAUAUAUUGAAUCUUUAUACUGUAUGUAGGCAGGCUUUGCUGGUAGUAAACCCUGCCCAGUACGUUAUAAGGUCCGUCAAUCUCAUCCUAUGCUUCUCCUCGGUGGGAUUGGUCAUCCUGGUUACUUACGUCAAGAUUAUGGUAGUUGCUCAUAAAAUAAGCUCUGGGUCAUCUUCGGCUUCGAAAGCCGGGAAAACCGUCAUGCUCCACGCAUUUCAGUUACUUAUGUGCAUGGUGUCCCUGUUGUCCAAUAUAACUGAGUCCUUUCAGGUCAAACAAGUUGAGCUUCUACCUUUUUAUAUAUUUUUUUUCUUUAAUUGCGUUCCAAGAUUCCUCAGCCCCGUGAUUUAUGGAUUCCGUGAUGAAACAUUGAGAAAACAUAUACAAAUGUCUUUAAUACACAUAAGUCAUAAGUUUCCUUUGUAA